UGGCGGCGGCGGUCCGGGCCGCGGGGCUCGGGCCUAUUGGGGUGGGCGGGGCGGAGUCGGGUCGCUAGUUGUCCCUGGGUACCCCCCACACGCCAGGGGGCCUGGAGCGCUUAACGGGCCAGUCUCGAACCCGGCAGUGGGGGUGAAGGCUGGCGCCAAACGAGGGGCCUUUUUAGGGCCCCAGAACGCAUCUGUUGGUGCCAGGGGUGUCUGCGGCGCCCCUGAGCGGACUGGGGGCGUCCAGAGGGCCUGGGCUGAGCCUGGGGCCUGGCCUCCAUCACAUAGCUGGCCUGGAUCGUGUCAGGAGGCGCUGUGGAUCGUCUUUAUGGGCCGAGCGGAGGCUAGGCUCUGUUUAGAGUAUUUUGGGGCCAUCUUGAGAUCUUGAGCCGUGUCCCAGGGGUGAAGGAGGUCUGCAAAAACCGAGGAGUGUCUGCAGAGCCACCUAAGAGUGCUGGGGUAACCAUGGAGGAAGAAGAUGAGUCUCGAGGGAAGACAGAGGAGUCCGGCGAGGACCGGGCCGAUGGGCCGCCUGACCGAGACCCCAGGCUCUCUCCUUCUGCCUUUAUCCUGCGGGCCAUUCAGCAGGCUGUGGGAAGCUCCCUGCAGGCGGACCUGCCAAACGAUAAAGAUGGCUCUCGGUGUCAUGGCCUUCGAUGGAGGCGCUGCCGGAGCCCACGGUCAGAGCCCCGUCCCCAGGAAUCAGGGGGUGCUGACACAGCUACUGUGUUGGACCUGGCUGCCGACAGCUUCCUUGCAGGACUGAUGAGUAUCCUGGACCCCCCAGAUACCUGGGUUCCCAGCCCACUGGACCUGCGGCCCGGCGAAAGCGAGGACAUGCUAGAGCUGGUGGCCGAGGUCCGAAUUGGGGACAGGGAUCCCAUCCCUCUCCCUGUGCCCAGCCUGCUGCCUCGUCUCAGGGCCUGGAGAACGGGCAAAACGGUUUCUCCGCAGUCUCACUCUUCUCCACCCACCUGUGCCCGCCACCUCCUCACCUUGGGCACAGGAGAUGGGGGCCCCGCCCCGCCCCC